AUGCAGGCCGCGCGGAGCUUCGCGGCGUGGUACGAUGCCCACCUGACGACAUCUCCCAUAGUGACCAAAAGCGUCACGAGCUGCGGCCUCUUCGGCGUGGGCGACGGACUGGCGCAGGGCAUCGAGGGCGGAGAAGCAGUAGACGGCGGCCGGCUGGCGCGGAUGAUGACCUUCGGCGGCCUCGUCGCGACGCCGUCGCACCACUGGUACAAUUUCCUCGACCGGCUCGUCACGGGCGCCGGCGGCGGCGCCGUCGCGCGAAAGGUCUUGCUCGACCAGCUCACCUGGACGCCGGUCAUGACGUUCUCCUUCUUCAACUUCCAGAACGUCUGCGGCGGCAUGGCCGUGUCCGAGUCCGUCCCCGACGCGAGCGGCAAGCUCCUCCCGACGCUCAAGGUGAACUGGGUCGUGUGGCCCUUCGUCCACGUCGUCACCUUCGGCGCGGUCCCGCUGCCCUACCGCAUCCUCUGGAUCAACUGCUGCUCCUGCUUCUGGAGCGCGUACCUCUCGCUCCAGGCGAAAUUGUAA